CAAAGCCAUAAAUAACUUAUCUAUUCAUAUCUCAAAGGUUCAUCUUGAAUCGUCAUGACCAGUCAGCAGCUUCUUGUGUACUUAUCCCUUUUUGCGGUCUGUGUCCUGACCAAACCCACAGACAAGAAGGACCGUAUUCACCAUGACCCACAACUCAGUGACAAGGUCCAUGAUGAUGGACAGAACUUUGACUAUGACCAUGAUGCUUUUCUUGGUGCCGAUGAGGCCAAGACCUUUGACCAGCUGACACCAGAGGAGAGCAAGGAGAGACUUGGAAAAAUUGUAAGUAAAAUAGAUGAAGACAAGGACGGGUUUGUAACUGUGGAGGAACUCAAAAACUGGAUUAAAUUUGCACAAAAACGCUGGAUUUACGAGGAUGUAGAGCGCCAGUGGAAGGGGCAUGACCUCAAUGAGGACGGCCUCAUUUCCUGGGAAGAGUAUAAAAAUGCCACCUACGGCUACAUCUUAGAUGACCCAGACCCUGAUGAUGGGUUCAACUACAAGCAGAUGAUGGUGAGGGAUGAACGAAGGUUUAAAAUGGCUGACAAGGAUGGAGACUUGAUUGCUACCAAGGAAGAAUUCACUGCCUUUCUACAUCCAGAAGAAUAUGACUAUAUGAAAGAUAUAGUAGUACAGGAAACAAUGGAAGAUAUUGACAAGAACAGAGAUGGCUUCAUUGAUUUGGAAGAAUACAUAGGGGAUAUGUACAGUCAUGACGGGGAUGCUGAUGAGCCAGAGUGGGUGAAGACCGAGCGGGAGCAGUUUGUGGAGUUUAGAGACAAGAAUCGAGAUGGGAAGAUGGACAAGGAGGAGACGAAAGAUUGGAUACUCCCUUCGGACUACGACCAUGCUGAGGCAGAGGCGCGACACCUUGUCUAUGAGUCUGAUCAGAACAAGGAUGGCAAACUCACCAAGGAGGAGAUUGUUGACAAGUAUGACCUGUUCGUGGGUAGCCAAGCCACAGACUUCGGUGAAGCCUUAGUACGACACGAUGAAUUUUAAGACCUGUACAGAGAAACCUGUUUCUUAAAAGUAAUUUAUUUUUUACAGUUUCUGGAUUUAACAUGAGAAACGUUUUCGCUACUGAGACUGUUAUUUC